AUGACGGAUUUGGGAGCAACGGAGCUGCUGCUGAUGAGGAGGGGGCUGAAUGUGAAGAAGAGCGGCAGGCUGAGACGCGACCUCCCGCUUCUCCUCAUGCUGGGGCUCCUCUUCGGGGAUCUCUCCUCGUCCAAGGCUGAAUCUUGUGGUGGUGUCGUCCAGGGACUGAAUGGCUCCAUAGAGUCGCCGGGUUUCCCCCACGGCUAUCCCAACUACGCCAACUGUACAUGGCUGAUAAUAACAGGGGAGAGGAACCGGAUCCAGCUCACCUUCGUCACGCUGGCGCUGGAGGAAGACUUUGAUAUUGUAUCAGUUUACGAUGGACAACCGUCGCCUGGCAACCUAAAAAUGAGGUUGUCAGGAUUCAUGCUGCCCUCCCCGAUAGUCAGCAGUGGAUCUAUAUUGGCCUUGUGGUUUACCACAGACUUUGCCGUCAGUGCACAGGGCUUCAAAGCUGUAUACGAAGUCCUGCCCAGCCAUACGUGUGGCACCCCGGGCGUCAUCCCCAACGGAGUCAUUCAUGGCUCGCGGUACAACAUGGGAGACAAGAUCCGAUACAGCUGUGAGUCAGGCUUUGUAUUGGAAGGACACAGUAUCCUCACCUGUAUUGUAUCACCUGGCAGUGGAGCACAGUGGGACUUCCCUUCACCAUUUUGUAGAGCGGAGGGAGCGUGUGGCGGCACGUUACGAGGCACCGCAGGUUCCAUAACCAGUCCUGGGUUCCCUGCCGAGUACGACAACAACCUGGACUGUACGUGGUCCAUCCUCUCUGAGCCCGGGGAUACUAUAGCGCUCGUCUUUAAUGACUUCUUAUUAGAGGACAAAUAUGACUUCCUGGAAAUCAGCGGGACAGAGGCACCAAGCAUAUGGCUGACUGGUACAACCCUGCCAUCACCAGUGAUCUCGAAUAAGAACUGGCUUCGGAUACAUUUCACCUCAGAUAGCAACCAUCGAAGGAAAGGAUUCAGUGCACAAUACCAAGUGAAGAAAGCAAUAGAGUUGAAGUCCAGAGGGGUGAAGAUGAUGCCCAGUAAAGACUCCAGUCACAAAAAUGCCGUCUUAAGUCAAAGCGGUCUUGCUGGGGAUGUUUGUCCAGAUCCUGGAGUUCCAGAAAAUGGCAAGAGGAUGGGAUCAACCUUCCAAAUUGGAUCCAGCGUCCAGUUCAGCUGUGAUGACAGCUAUGUACUACAAGGAUCUAAAAGUAUCACCUGUCAGCGAGUCACUGACACACUGGCUGCCUGGAGUGACCACAGACCAAUCUGCAGAACUCGUACCUGUGGCAGCAAUCUAAGGGGGCCCAAAGGGGUCAUAACUUCGCCUAACUACCCUGUUCAAUAUGAGAACAACGCACACUGUGUGUGGGUCAUCAGUGCAAUGGACUCUGAGAAGGUGAUAAAGCUGUCAUUUGAAGAGUUUGACCUGGAAAGAGGAUACGACACACUUACUGUGGGAGAUGGAGGGAAGAUAGGAGACACUCGGAGGGUACUCUUUGUACUUACUGGUUCCAGUGUCCCUGACCUCAUCGUUAGCUUGUCCAAUCAGAUGUGGCUACACCUGCAGUCAGAUGAUACCAUCGGCUCUGCGGGAUUCAAGGCACAUUUCGAAGAGAUCGAACGGGGCGGCUGUGGGGAUCCCGGGGUGCCGGCAUUCGGUCGCCGUAACGGUGAUCGCUUCCAACAUGGAGACGUUUUGACCUUCAUUUGCCAGGCGGCCUUUGAACUCGUGGGAGAGAAGAGCAUAACAUGCCAGCACAACAACCAGUGGUCUGGCAAUAAACCCACUUGUAUCUUCUCAUGUUUCUUCAACUUCACGGCUCCAUCGGGGACUGUGUUGUCCCCAAACUACCCAGAGGAGUAUGGGAACAACUUGAACUGUGUGUGGCUGAUAAUCUCUGAACCUGGCAGUCGUAUUCAUCUCCUCUUCUCCGACUUUGACCUGGAGCCACAGUUUGACUGGUUGAUGAUCAAAGAUGAAGGCCUGUCUGAGCCAACAACGUUCGGGACGUUCUCGGGGAAAGACGUUCCAUCACAGAUCGCCUCGAAUGGACACAUUAUGAGACUGGAAUUUCAAUCAGAUCAUUCCAAUACUGGAAAAGGCUUCAAUAUCAGCUACACCACAUUUGGUCAGAAUGAAUGUCAUGACCCAGGAGUUCCUGUCAACGGUCAGAGGUAUGGAGACCAGUUUCAGCUCGGCAGCUCCGUGGCUUUUCGCUGUGACCAGGGAUUCAUUAGGACACAGGGGUCUGAUCAGGUCACUUGCAUCAUCCAGGAGGGAAAUGUUGUUUGGUCUGCGGCAGUACCUCGCUGUGAAGCUCCAUGUGGCGGCCAUCUAACAGCUCCUACUGGUGUCCUGCUGUCUCCUGGCUGGCCCUCCUUCUAUAAAGAUUCUUUGAACUGCCAGUGGGUGAUUGAGGCACAGCCAGACCAUGCUGUGAAGAUACACUUUGACAGGUUCCAGACUGAGGUCAACUAUGACACACUGGAAAUCAGGGAUGGCCCCUCGUCCUCCUCUCCUCUCAUCGGCGAAUACCACGGCACCCAAGCACCUAAUUUCCUGAUUUCAACGUCCAACGUCAUGUACCUGUUAUUCACGACAGACAACAGCCGCUCGGCAGCAGGCUUCAGCAUCAGAUAUGAGAGUGUGAAAAUGGAGUCAGACUCUUGUCUUGAUCCUGGUAUCCCAGUCAAUGGUCGUCGCCAUGGCAGCAUCUUUUCCAUUGGUUCCCGUGUGUCGUUUGCAUGUGAUCUGGGAUACACACUGAGUGAUCAGGAGCCAAUUGUGUGUCAGCUGAAUCAUCAGUGGAGUCACUCUCUUCCCAAUUGUGAUGCUCUUUGUGGCGGUUAUGUCUAUGGUAAAACAGGGACAAUUCUGUCUCCUGGCUUUCCUGACUACUACCCCAAUUCUCUAAACUGCACAUGGACUAUAGAGGUGUCACAUGGGAAAGGAGUCCAUCUGGUUUUCCACACGUUUCAUCUAGAGGAGAACCACGACUACCUUUCUAUCACUGAGGACACCAAUUUCCUUGUUCCAGUGACUCGACUCACCGGCUCAGUGCUGCCCCCUAGCGUCAAAGCAGGGCUCUACGGGAACUUCAGCGCUCAGCUACGAUUCAUAUCGGAUUUUUCAAUGAGUUAUGAAGGCUUUAAUAUCACUUUCUCAGAGUAUGACUUAGAGCCAUGUGAGGAUCCCGGUGUACCGGCAUACAGCAGGAGGACGGGAUUCAGAUUUCGAGUUGGCGAUUCGCUGGCCUUCAGUUGUUUUAAUGGCUACCGACUUGAGGGAGACACCAAGAUCACAUGUCUAGGAGGGGGAAGGCGAGUGUGGAGCAACAUAUUACCGCGAUGUAUAGCGGAGUGUGGAGCCUCCUCACUGGGACCCGAAGGUGUUCUGCUCUCUCCCAACUUCCCCUCUAACUACGAUAACAACCACGAGUGCAUCUACCGCAUCACGACUGAAAAGGGCAAAGGAAUCAGACUAAAAGCUGAGAGCUUCUUAUUGGAAGAUGGAGACGAUCUUAAGGUGUAUGAUGGGGAGAACACGACAUCCCGUCUACUUGGAAACUUUACACAUGAUGGCAUAAUGGGUCUUGUCAUCAAUAGCACGUCCAAUCGCUUGUGGCUGGAGUUCAACAGCAACGCCUCUGGAACCAAUCAGGGCUUCCGCCUCACAUACACAAGUUUUGACCUAGUACGCUGCGAGGAACCAGGUGUGCCUAGUUAUGGCUAUAAGACUCAAGACGACGGCCAUUAUGCCAACACCUUUGUCCUGUACUCCUGCAACCCUGGAUACAGUCUCUAUGGCACUGGUACACUGACCUGCCUGAGCGGAGACAGACGUGUCUGGGACAAACCACUUCCUUCCUGUAACGCGGAGUGUGGAGGUCACCUGACUGGAGCAGUUUCUGGACGGAUACUUUCUCCAGGAUAUCCUGCUCCAUACGACAACAACCUCCACUGCACCUGGACCAUAGAGGCUGACACGGGCAAGACUAUCAGCCUACACUUCAUUGUCUUUGACACGGAGGUCGGCCACGAUAUCCUGAGAGUUUGGGAUGGUCCAUCUGGGCCGUCAGACGGGGGGAUCCUGUUGAAAGAAUGGUCCGGCCCAGCCUUACCUGAAGAUAUCCACUCGACUUUCAACAUACUCACACUGCAGUUUGAUACUGAUUAUUUCAUCAGCAAGCAAGGAUUUUCUAUCCAGUUUUCUACCACUACAGCAACAACGUGCAAUGACCCCGGCAUCCCUGUGAAUGGUUCUCGAUACGGCGACAGUAAGGAGCCUGGAGACAGUACGACCUUCCAGUGUGACCCAGGAUACCAGCUGCAAGGCUCCGACACCAUCACAUGUGUACGGAUGGAUAACAGAUUCUACUGGCAACCUGACCCCCCAAUGUGUAUCGCGACAUGUGGGGGUAACGUCAGCGGCCCCUCAGGAGUAAUUCUGUCUCCUAACUACCCCCAGCCUUACCCCGCGGGGAAAGAGUGUGAUUGGAGAGUCAGGGUCAACCCAGACUUUGUCAUUGCUCUCAUCUUCAAAAGUUUCAACAUGGAGCCAAGUUACGACUUCCUGCACAUCUACGAGGGUGAAGACUCUAAUGGGCCGUUACUAGCAAGUCUCCAAGGCAACCAGGCCCCAGAGCGAAUAGAGAGCAGCAGUAACAGUCUCUUCCUGGCGUUCAGAUCGGACGCCUCACUGGGCAUGUCUGGGUUCGCCAUCGAAUUCAGAGAAAAACCAAGAGAGGCCUGUUUUGACCCUGGUAACAUUAUGAACGGCAGUCGGACCGGAUAUGACUAUAAACUGGGAUCUCAGGUCUCCUACAACUGUCACCAUGGCUACACAACAAUGGGCGGGGAAAGCAUCACCUGUGUCAUGGGGAAUGAUGGGAAGCCUGCGUGGGACAGGGCACUGCCAACAUGUAAAGCUCCAUGCGGAGGACAGUACGAUGGAUCUGAAGGGGUCGUUUUGUCUCCAAACUAUCCCCUAAACUACACUACCAGACAGACAUGCUCCUACUACAUCACUGUCUCCACACAGUUUGUGGUGUUCGGUCAGUUUGCUGUUUUCCAGACAGCGAUGAAUGACUCUGUGGAGCUGUUUGAUGGAGCCGAUGAGAAUUCUCGAUUGCUCAGCUCCCUGGCUGGGUCACAUUCAGGAGAAACAUUGCCAUUGGCAACUUCCAAUCAGAUCAUGCUGCGGUUCAAUGCGAAGAGUGGCCAGUCUGCUAGAGGCUUUCACUUCGUCUACCAAGCCGUGCCUCGCACCAGUGAAAGUCAGUGCAGUUCGGUGCCAGAGCCUCGGUACGGCAGGCGGAUCGGAUCAGAGUUCUCCGCCGGCUCUGUGGUUCGCUUUGAGUGCAGUCCAGGGUAUCUUCUGAAAGGAUCCAGUGCUAUCUGGUGUCAGGCCGUGCCAGGUGCCCUCGCUCAGUGGAAUUCAACAACACCAUCCUGUAUAGUUCCCUGCAGUGGCAAUUUGACUGAACGUCGCGGUACAAUCCUUUCUCCUGCCUAUCCUGAACCUUACCCAAACAGCCUCAACUGUCUGUGGAGGAUCCAUGUCAGUGAAGGGGCCGGCAUACAGAUCCAAGUGGUUACGUUUGCUACUGAGCACAACUGGGAUUCUCUGGAGAUUUACGAUGGAGGAGACAUGACAGCUCCUAAAUUAGGGUCAUUUUCUGGAACAACUGCUCCCGCUCUCCUCAAUUCAACGUCCAAUCAGCUCCUUCUGCACUUUCAGAGUGACAUCAGUGUGGUGGCAGCUGGUUUUCACCUAGAAUACAAGACUGUUGGACUUACCACCUGCCCAGAGCCAAUGAUACCAGCCAAUGGGAUUAAGUCAGGAGACAGAUAUAUGGUCAAUGAGGUGGUGGCAUUCUCCUGUGAGCCUGGCUACACGUUACAGGGCCACUCUCACAUCUCCUGCAUGCCGGGGACUGUGCGUCGAUGGAACUACCCACCACCUCUUUGCAUAGCUCGGUGCAGCGGGGUGUUGUCUGAGAUGAGUGGUGUCAUCCUCAGUCCGGGUUUCCCUGGCAACUAUCCCGGCAACCUGGACUGCACCUGGCAAAUCACCCUGCCAACUGGAUAUGGAGCACAUAUUCAGUUCCUAAACUUCUCUUCUGAAGACAACCACGACUUCCUUGAGGUCAGAGCUGGACCACAGCACAGCUCUGCUCUGAUUGGACAGUUUACUGGCUCUCAGAUCCCACCCCUUCUGCUGAGCACUACCCACCUGACGGUCAUCCACUUCUACAGUGACCAUUCAGAGAACAGACCGGGGUUUAAACUAACCUAUCAGGCCUAUCAACUUCAAAACUGCCAGGACCCCUUUCCUUUCCUCAACGGUGACAUCAUCAACGGUGACUACAGCGCUGGCCAAUCAGUAACUUUUCAGUGCUACCCCGGUUAUGUUUUGAUAGGACACCCUGUCCUAACGUGCCUGCACGGGACCAACCGGAAGUGGAACCACCCAUUUCCACGCUGUGAGGCUCCUUGCGGCUAUAAUGUCACAGCUGAAAACGGGACAAUCUAUUCACCUCAGUACCCCGUUGAAUACCCCAACUCCCAAGACUGCAGCUGGCUCAUCACUGUUCCCCACGGACACGGAGUUUAUAUCAACUUUACCUUAUUGCAGACGGAGCCUGUCACUGAUUACAUCGCUGUCUGGGACGGCCCAGAGACGUCUAGUCCUCAGCUGGGAGUCUUCAGCGGCAACACAGCAUUGGAGUCGGCCUACAGUACCAGCCCGAAGGUCCUGAUCCGCUUCCACUCUGACUUUUCCACUGGAGGGUUCUUCAUUCUCAACUACCAUGCCUACCGUCUGAAGAAAUGUCCUGCUCCGCCUGUUGUGGAGAACUCAGAGGUGAUCUACGAAGAUGAAGACUUCCAGAUUGGUGAUAUUGUGAGGUACCGUUGUCUACCUGGAUAUACACUGGUGGGAAAAGCCGAGCUGAUGUGUAAACUCAAUACCCAUUUGCUUUUUGAAGCCCCGCCACCAACAUGUCAAGCCCAGUGCCCAGCCAAUGAGGAGCGGACAUUGUCAUCAGGAGUGAUACUUAGCCCUGGGUUUCCUAGCAACUACCCCAACAGCCAGACGUGCUCCUGGCUGCUUCACAUGGUUCCAGGUUACACCAUCAACAUAUAUGUAGAGAUGUUCCACAGCGAGAAACAAUUUGAUGAACUGGAGAUUUUUGAUGGAUCCUCAGGGCAGAGUCCUCUUCUCGUCGCUCUAAGUGGAAAUCACUCAUCUCAGCUCAACUUCACAUCUAAAACAAACCAGCUCUAUCUACGCUGGUCCACUGACCAUGCCACAAACAAGAGAGGGUUCAAGAUACGAUACUCAGCUGCCUACUGUAGCAUCAAUGAUCCUCCAGUGAACGGUGGCGUGGUCAACCGAACCAAACUCCGUCCAGGGAGCAGACUUCAGUUUUAUUGUAACCGUGGUUACCGCAUGAUAGGCUCAAGCAAUGCCACCUGCAGGCUUCACCCCAAUGGGCUUUACCAGUGGGACGUACCAACACCAUUUUGUCAAGCUGUCUCAUGCGGAAUUCCUCAGUCACCCGGCAACGGAAGCUUCCAAGCCAACCAGUACACCGUUGGUAGCCAGGUCACUUACCAGUGUAACCAUGGUUUCCACCUUGACCCAGGUGCUCAAAUGACUGCAGAGUGUUUGGAGGAUGGCAGCUGGAGUAAUGCUGCCUCAGCCCCCAGAUGCCUACCGGUCCACUGCCCCAGCACUGAGGGCACCUUGUCAGAUCACAUGACCUCCCGCCUGCUCUCUGGUAGGUCGGCAGAGUUUGGGUCUAUGGUGAUGCUGGAGUGCUCCACAGGGUACUAUUUGGGAGUGGGUCAUCGGACUCUUCGCUGCCUUGCCAAUGGGACCUGGGAGGGGUCAGACGACCUAGCUACAUGCAAGAUCAUCUCUUGUGGAGAGCUUCCCACUCCACCCUUUGGGACCAAACUGGGGACGCUGACUACAUUUGGAGCAACUGCAAUCUUUAUGUGUAACCAUGGUUACACGCUGGUGGGGUCACAUGUUAGGGAGUGCGGUGCUAACGGGCUGUGGAGCGGAGCAGAGACCAGGUGUCUAGCUGGUCACUGUGACUCUCCAGAUCCUAUAGUCAAUGGACACAUUAGUGGAGAAGGCUCUAGUUUCCGUGACACUGUGGUGUACCAGUGCAUGUUGGGAUAUCGUCUUAUCGGCACAUCGGUCAGGAUCUGUCAGCAAGACCAUCGGUGGUCUGGAACAACUCCCGUCUGCGUCCCAAUCACUUGUGGUCACCCCGGCAACCCAGGCAACGGGCGAACCAAUGGCAGCGAGUUCAACCUCAAUGAUGUUGUAAACUUCACCUGCAACAGAGGUUACGUCCUGAGUGGAAAUGCACGUGCUCAGUGCAGACUCAACGGCCAGUGGAGCAGCCCCCUACCUGUCUGCAAAGUGGUCAACUGUUCCGACCCCGGCCACGUGGAGAAUGGUGUGCGUCAGUCUGGCCUACGUUACCCAGAAGUCUUCAGCUACGGUGUAUCCGUGGCGAUCCACUGUAAACGAGGCUUCUACCUCCUGGGCUCCGCCAUCCUCACAUGCCAGCACGAUGGACGGUGGGACCGACCAAUCCCUCGCUGCCUAGCUAUUUCCUGUGGUGACCCGGGUGUACCCCCCAAUGCGGUAAUAUCUGGGACUCACAGUUGGACGUACGGUUCAGUGCUGCAGUACUCCUGUCUGCCUGCAGGGGUGCUGGUGGGCAACGCUUCUCGUCACUGUCAGGAGGACACCACGUGGAGCGGAGCGCCGCCAUACUGCACUGGUGUAAGUCCAGGAAUCUGCGGCGACCCGGGGAUGCCUCCCCACGGCGCCCGUCUAGGAGGCGAGGAAUUUAAAACCAAGAGCCUGCUGCGUUUCAGCUGCGAGGCGGGAUAUAAUCUGAUUGGCUCAGCCGAGAGGACCUGCCUACACAACGGGACUUGGAGCGGCACACAGCCUGUCUGCCAAGCUGUAUCCUGUGGUAACCCUGGCACUCCAGCACACGGCAGAAUAGUCGUAAAUGAUGGCGUCACCUUCGGCAGCUCGGUAGCUUAUGCAUGCUGGGAUGGCUUCAAAACAUCAGGUCUGACCAACAGACACUGCACAACCAAUGGGACAUGGACAGGACAACCCCCAGACUGCGCAGUGAUCAGUUGCGGAGAUCCUGGCCCAGUAGCCAAUGGCAUCUAUAUAGGAAGUGAUUUUAGUUUCAACCACACAGUGACGUAUCGCUGUAACCCCGGUCACCUGAUGGAGCCGCCUGCUCGCAGCGUCCUGCGCUGCAGCAAGGAGGGAACCUGGAACCAGACCAAACCCAGCUGCAGAGUAAUCCAGUGUGGACCUCCUGCUCAAGUGCACCACGGGAAAGUGGAAGGAACUGACUACUCAUGGGCCUCGAGUGUUAGUUACAGUUGUUUCCAUGGUUACCAGUUGUCCACUCCUGCUGUGUUAACAUGUGAGGGGAACGGGACGUGGACAGGAGACGUACCGCAGUGCUUGCCUGUCCUGUGUGGAGAUCCUGGCUCUCCUGGAGGUGGAUUCAGAGAGGGGAACAUGUUUUCUUACAGGGCGGAGGUCCGGUUCUACUGCCACACGCCCUACCUGCUGGUGGGCUCUGCGUCCAGAGCCUGUCAGGCUGAAGGGGUUUGGAGCGGCCAACAACCAGCCUGUAUAGACCCAGCCUUCAACAGCUGUCGUGACCCAGGGACUCCGGCCUAUGGGGUCCCAGUCAUGGGCCAGGGCUUUCAGGUUGGCAGUAAGAUUUCCUUCAAGUGCCGCAAGAACUAUCACAUCCUUGGUUCUACCACGAGAACAUGCCUAGAAAACCUAACCUGGAGUGGAACUCAACCUGAGUGCAUCGCCCAUUCAUGCAGACAGCCGGAGACCCCCAGUAAUGUUGAUGUUCGGUCCAUGGAGCUGCCCACCCUGGGAUACACGCUGAUCUACACCUGUCAGGAUGGUUUCUAUCUGGCCGGGGGAUCAGAGCACAGAACCUGCAAAAGUGAUGGGAGAUGGUCGGGUAAACCUCCGCUCUGUAAAGUUGGAGUGAAAGUCAAUCCCAAAGUCAGAGGAGACUCAGAUGUUCAGAAAAACAAGAUUCGAGUUCCAGUGGAUGUGUUUUCUCCAAACUCUGAGUGGAGCGGUUUCUACGAGUAUCUAGGGAAAAGACAGGCCACCACAUUCACAGUUACUGGGUUCAACACUACCAGCAGCAGAGUCAACGUCACAUUACUGGAAACCAGCGGGGUGUCAAUCAGACUGUCAGGUACCUACAAGUCAGAGGAAAACCAGCUGCUGCUGAAGGUGUACCAGGUGAAGGGGCCCACAGAGCAUUACUACAGCAAGUUUAAAAACGACAACUGGGCCAUGGACGGAUAUGUUACUGCAGAAUCCGACCAGAAGACUUUUGUCUACCAGGGUCAUACUCACAGUAAAGACUUUGGCAAGUUCCAUCUAACGAGGCAAGGCCCUGUAACCAUGGCAAUGGACCCAUCCAACCCCUACACCAACAGCAGCUCCGUGGCAGCCGCCAUCUUAGUUCCUUUCUUUGCCCUCAUCCUGUCUGGAUUCGCCUUCUAUCUCUACAAGCACAGGUCUAUGAAGAUGAGUGCUGCACGGACACUGUCUGCUGAGACAGAUGACAAUGAGAGACCAAAAGACACCUGGGGGCCUGGCGGCAGGACACGUCCCAAGGUCCAGUUCAAUGGCUAUGUCGGCCAUGAGAGCUCCAACGGUCAGGCAUCAUUUGAAAACCCAAUGUAUGACACCAACAUGAAGCCCACUGAGGCUAAGGCAGUUCGAUUCGACACCACACUCAAUACAGUCUGUACCGUAGUAUAGUACAACAACCUGCCACCACCUAAACAGUGGUUCAGUCCAACCUCCCUGUCGCAGUCUGUGCUGUGGUUUCACCAAACAGAAGAAAGAAAAAAUGAUUUGGACGUGUUACUGUGAGCAGUUUGUGUUGUAGCAUGCUGGUCCUCUGGCAGUAUAACCUGCACAGUAAUGCAGCCCUGCUCCACCUCCUACCUGCAAAAAGGUAUCAUCCUCCUCUACCCAUAGUCGGAAAGAGCGAAAUACGUUGGAACCAGUACACAAGGGAGUAGACAAUGAAGUUAUCAAAUGUGUUGUUGAAGAGAUCAACACUGGGACUAUAAUUAUUCUGAGGCAUUCUUGCCAUUAAAACUCCAAGGAAAAACACAAAAGAUGGUACAACUAAUUCCUUCAAGAGCGACAACCUCACUGUACAGUGUGCGUCCAGUGUCAGAUGACUACUGCAAAAAUCAACCUUAUUAUGGAAAGUGCUUUGUAUGGCCCAUGAAUACCCUCCCUGCAACCUGAAUGUGGUUUACCCAACCUGACCCCACACCCCACGCCAAAUGUGCACAGUGUAGGCUCUUAACUUAUGAAGUCCCCUGCUGCAGGCCAGACAUGGGUGAUGCAAGGUUUCUCCCUCGGGUGAAGCACAUGGACUCACACUCUUUUAUCCCUUUCAGACAUCAAAAAGUAGUUUGAUUGUUCCUUAUAUGUCAACAUAAAAACCAUCACUGGUGCUGGACCAAAAAAAUCCCUGUAGACCUCCAUCAUGCUUGACUUGACGGGACUAGACUCUGACGUAACUUCAGCUCUCAGAUUCUGUUUUGGGGGAAUCUGAUAUCAAUCGACUGCUGUUAAAUGGACCACCAAAUGCAGUCAAUGCAGUGACAAGCUCAACACAUAAAUUCCUUAAAAGCUCAAAUCUCAUCCAGUACUGGAUACUAGUAUUAGAUUUGUACUAGGAGCUGUGGACUAGUGCUGGACAAGCCAGGGUCAAAUAACAGUUGCAGAUACAAUUAAAAUGUUUGUUUCAGCCUACGUAGAGAACUGAAUGGGUUCAACAAUAUCAGGAAAAUCACAGAGUGAGGUAUGUUGACUUGUCAGAUUCUCAAAAAGAUAACUGUGAGGUGGUGUUUACGUUCUGCCACUUAUGACCUACUUAUAUAGUAUUUGAAAACUAAUGUAUGCUUAAACAUAUCAGAUCAAACAUUUGCAAAUGCUAUUUACCCCAAGUUUAUUACAAGACCCUGUGAUCUAGUUCUAGAUGAGUUUUUGCCGUUUUUAAAAUAUUCUAUGGACGUACUAUACACUUAAAAUCAAUACGAUGUACAAUAUUCAACACUAGCACUAGGCAGACUGCGCUAAACCAGAAAACCAGACAUUUGAGUUGCCGAGCUGGUGUCCACAGAGGCCUGUCUCACACAAUCAAAGAGUCAGACAGCUGAUUCUUGUUCUUGGACUGGCCAGGAUUCAGAGCUUGGUGGCUGAAAAAGAGGAAGCCUGGAGGCAAUAAGCUGUCAAGAUCUUCAACUGCUGCAAUCAGCUGUGGCCAAAUCCAGGAAAUGAUUCGUCUUCUCCCAACUCUGGGCGGGAUUAUCAGUCAAGUGUUGACUGAUUUAUUUUCUACAGCAUACUCUCCAGCCACAAGAUCAGAAAUUAUCAACAGAUUAACGGACAGACUGGUUGAAUGACGGAAACAGACAAAUGGACGGAUAGCCCCUUCUGUCCGUCAUGCUGGAAAAGAGAGACAAAGACAGGUUGCUAUGGAGACUGAGGCAAAUAGUUGUCUCUAUUAGUCUCUUCGGUCAUUUUUCUUCAGUGAAGAUAUUGAUGAACAGACUCUAUGUUCAAAUACCCAGUGGCCCCAUGGGACUUCCCAAACCACUGCUGCUGGGGACCCCAAAAUAUAAACUUUAUAUAAACUCUUAAACCGCACAAAUUUUGCACUAGUGUGUUUUUCUGACUUGGGUCUGAAAUGGGUUUGAAAAAUGGGUCAUUCGAAAAAAGAGAAUUUUAUUCAGAAACUUCUAUCUUUAAAAAGACAACAAAAAUGACAAAAUACAGGGUUACAGAGUGUUUGUAUAUACACAUUUAUAUCGCACACUCCCUGUUAGCAGAAGGUGUGACCACAUGCUAUACCGUUGUUUAUUUUGUUGCCAUGAUAACACGCUAGCCAACCAGAAAGUUGGGAUCAGUUUACCCUCGGACCUCUGAGCUUUUAGUGUCACGAAAUGACACCACUUUUAUUUGUGCCAUUUAUAGAGCAGUGGAUGCUUCUGAAAGCUCAUACUGCACAGUGUGAGUGCUGUAAUGUGUGGAAGAAAUACACAGAAAGCCUCACAUCCAUAAUGUGCAGUAUGGUCCCACUGAAACACAGGUACCACACUGCUAGUUUUAUUUUCAGGUAUUAAACUCCAUCAUUUCCUGAGAUACUGUACAGUACUUUAUGAAUAUUAAAUAGUAUCUCUCUAUGGGCUUUUUUUCAGUUUAGCAGUGUUAGCUUUCAGGAAUGUAACUGUUUCUAUAACUCUUUAAAAACAUGUGUUGCCAGUGUCCCAAACUAUCAACAUAAUCAUACGUCAUCUCUGAACACAUUUGACAUAUCUGAUUUUAUUUCAACACAUCUUUUUAAAGAGCCCACCAUGUAUUCGUGAUCAGUUUGAUAAUCUGUCACGUAAGGCAGAGGACAAACGAAUACAGUACGAAGACAACAUGCACAAUUAUUGUUGUCGGCAGUUAUUGCCCCUAUCCAUUUUAGAAAUACCUCGUGUGCAGAGAGAAAGUUACAUCCUGCUUAUUAUCGCAGGAACUUCACUGCAACAAAUACACAAGCUUAGCGAGUGCGACCUUUCAUUUCCUGGUAUUUUAAGACAGAAUGUCGUACAAACACCCUGUAGUCUUUGGAAUUCAAGAAAAUCCACUGGUUUUAAAUCACUUGCCAAGCUUGUUAUUUCUCGCAGUGUUCUCUCAAAAUAAUUUUAUUUUUGGAAAGAUGCUGCACUUGGUUUAGAUCAUAGAUGUAACUGCUUUCAGUGUGUGUCUUACAGUGUCUUCAGGCCUUUUUCUCGUUUGUAUCACUCUCCAUGCGAUCCAUUUUGGCAUUACACCUGCAUGAUUUGUAUUGUCCAAAUAAGCUCAAACCAUCAUACUGUCAUACGUACAAACAAAAAAACAUAUCCAUUGAUUCGCACAGGAGUGUGGAAGGUAUGAGAUAUUAGUUCAUGAAAACAUGUUAAAAAUGAUGAUUUUGUCUAUGAAACACUUAAUACAGUUAUAUUUCAGUUAGGAUUUCAACCAAGUCCCAAAUAUUGAGGAGAAAACAUUUGUUAUGAGAAGUUUGUCACAUCCACCUGUUUUGAUAUGCAAGAACGAAGGGACAAGCAAAUUGCAGUUUUGCAUUUGCAUUUCCGGCUCUUUUAAUUGAAAAGGAUUCUCUGAAAAUGAACACCAGUUUGAAUGUUGCAAAUGAAAUGUGGACGAAACAAUGGUGAAAUGUUUGGAAGCGUGAAUACAGGAUGUUGUUGGUAUUAUGGUAUCUAUUGUUAGCCUGUCAUUCACAGCCUCAGAGUCAGGGUCGUGGUCCGACAGCCAAGAAACAUUUACACCAGUUUGAGAGAGAAAAGGAGGAUGAGGGUACAAGUUAUAAUACUGGCAAGAGUUAGAGAGCGGGGGAAAGACAGUAGACACACAUUGAAAAUCUUCUCAUAAAAAUAAACAGACAUCUGUAAACAACAGCAGAUAGUGAUCCUCUUCACUUUGUAUUGCUCGAGUGCUUCUAUUUUAAUUGAUUAAAUUAAUUCAGUUGAGAUUCCCUAUGGAGUCAAGAGAGCAUAAUGGAGCCUGAAAAUUAGAGGUUGCAAGGUUUCUACAGGCGUAGUAAAAGGUGUAAUUUUUAACAAUUACUGUAAUGAUACGGAUCUGAUCUCCCAGUGAGACUGAACCAGAGCACUUAGACUCAGCGCCGUCCCAGUUUGUUCUGGCAGGAAAACAUCAGAGGGGCUCUACCGAGGUUAGCUUUAGUGAGGAA